GAGAUAUUCUGUCGAGUUGCCGACGAAUAAAGUUUCUGCUGUCACGUCGGAGGCUACAGCCAAAGUCUCCCUCCCUCUCAAGCCAUCGGGCUCGCGACCGUCAAACUGCAUUCACCGCUUUUUGUCCAAGUCCUCAACGAUCAACUCUGGAUCAGAGGGUCCUCGUUCAAAACAAACUCCCCCGUAAGAAUAACAGUAGAGAAGAAGAGGCAGCAACUGCGGCGAAGAAGAAAGGAAGCGAAGAGAGCACGAAAAGUCUUUGACGAGAUCAGCAACAUCUACCAGCCGAAGCCCUACCAGUCCAAAAUGUUUCCACCACCGCUGCCGAGCGGAAAUGCAAAUGGAACUGCGGCUGCAAAUGCAGCUGGGUUUCAAGAAGACCUGAACAAUGUGCUCUGCUGUCCCGACUGCAAAGAAUACCCCCCGAAUCUGAUCGAGGAGUUUUCGAGCGGAGACAUGGUCUGCCAGAGCUGCGGUGUUGUCGUCGGCACUCGCAUCAUCGAUACUCGGUCUGAGUGGCGUACGUUUGCCAAUGACGACCAAGGAGGUGAUGAUCCAAGCCGUGUUGGUGGACCUCAGGAUGAAUUUGUCGAAGGCCAGCAUCUGGCCACGACUGUCGCCUUUUCCGAAUCCAAAGCCCACAAGGCACUGUCCCGCACCCAAAACAACGCCAACGCAGACAAGGCUCAGAAGGGCUUGAUGCAGGCGUACAAGGAGAUUGUUGCCCUUUGCGAGACUAUCAAUAUGGGAGCGAAUGUCUCCAAUGCUGCCAAGCACAUCUUCAAACUCGUGGACAAGCACAAGUUCAUGAAGGGCAAGCCCCAGGAAGCUGUCAUUGCCGGGUGCAUCUUCAUCGCGUGCCGACAAAACAACGUGCCCCGAACUUUCCGAGAAAUCUUCAACCUAACUAGUGUUAGUAAGAAGGAGGUUGGCAGAGUCUUUAAGCAGUUACAGAAUUUUCUGCAAAAGAUUCAAGUCACUGAGGGCGAGGGUGCCACUGGAUUGAACACCGUCACCAACUACGAAAACACGUCUGUUGGCGCCGAGGAUCUCUGUGGUCGUUAUGUGUCCCAGCUGGGCUUCAAGAACCAGCAGAAGAUAUCCAAGAUCUCUCGGGAUCUUGCAGAGCAGGCUACCGACAUCUCUGCUCUGGCCGGCCGAUCACCGCUGUCCGUCGCUGCCGCGUGCAUCUACAUGGCCUGCCACCUUAUGGGGGAGCCACGCCCCUCGGCUCCUAUUGCAAAGCAAACUGGUGUGAGCGAUGGAACAGUCAAGACGGCUUACAAGUUUCUCUUUGCGUACCGGGAUACUCUAAUCAAGAAGGAAUGGCUUGAGGAGGGCGGCAAGAUGGAGAACAUCCCGCAAGUCCAGGUGUGAGCAGAGUCUAGAGGUUGGCAAUAUUCGCGUCUGGGGGCAAACAAAAUGAUACACGCUUUUUCUUGAGGGGACACACUGCAAAUUUGUUUAUCUUGCAUUGCUUUUUACGGCCGUCGUACAAUCGACUUUUUCAUACUGUUGCUGGAGGCGACCAUAACCGCCUUGGGGCUGAGCAAGUUGAAUUGGAGUCUGCUUUUUGCGCUGUCUGACGCUUCACUUAGAGAUUUGAGAACAACAUGACUUCCUCUUUUACUGGAUGGUAGUAAGGGGGCAAUAUCGGGGUUGAAUUUCGGAAUGUGCAGGUUCUUUUUGCAUCGAUCGAUCCGGCAGUGGGUUUCUUUAGUUAUAGCAACAGGUAUCCUAGGUUGUAUAGAUCUAAUAACAUCCAUCAUGAU